AUGCUUUUCUUCAAAUUGUGGAUCAAAGUUAUUUCCAUCACUGCUUUGGUAUUUUUUCUUUAUCCUGCUGCAGAUACCGGGCAAAAGAGAGUCAAAUCGAUAAACUGUAAAAAAUAUGCAGCUGUCCCAUACCUCUGCACCAGAGAAAUGGAUCCAGUCUGUGGAACUGAUGACAUUACUUACAGCAACAGAUGUGUUUUCUGCACUAAAAAGUUGCAAAGUAAAGGAAAAUUGGGCUUUUUGCAUGGUGGCAAUUGCUGAGCAAGGCUGAG